AUUACUAAAAUUCCUUUUUCCAUUUGCAUAUAGAUUUUUCAUUGACCAAAAAGGUGGUUUUUUCAAAAUUAUAAGGUGUCCCGUCAACAACAACGCUGUGACGGAACGAUUUGUCGCUUAUUAAAACCGCCGUUCCCCUUCUUUCUUCCUUGCGGGUUUUCAUUUCUCUGCUUGGAAAAAAUUUCAGCAAAUAUAGGGGUUAUUUAUCGUUAAUCAUUCGUAAAUGGCAAACAGGCACACUAUUAUUCUGAUGCAGACAUCUCAGAACCGAGCAACUCGCACUUUUAUGGAUUACGAAUCAAUAAGUCAAGCAAUGGAUGGAAUUUGUGGUUUGUAUGAGAGGAAGCUCAAGGAACUAAACCCGGCAAUCAGAGAAAUCACUUACGACAUCUCAGAUCUUUACAAUUUCAUUGAUGGCCUUGCUGAUAUGAGUGCAUUAGUGUAUGAUCACUCAAUCCAGGCUUACCUGCCCUAUGACCGACAGUGGAUAAAGCAGAAAACGUUGCAACACCUAAAAAAGCUGGCAUCACAGAGAUAAUAUAUCUUAAAGGCUAGUCUCUAUCAACCAUAUUCAGUUAAUUUCCUGUUGGCUUUUAUGAAGAAAAGAGCUGCGGUUGGCGGGUUGCAAUCUGGAGUAAAAACUAUGUACAAUGUGCUUCUUUUCCCUGAAAUCCAUAUCCUAUCUCAAGAGCUUCAAGUGGGAAACCAACUGUUGUCGGAACUGAACGUUGUACUGGCCUCGCAGUGAAUCAUGAAUUUAUAAGUUUGCUUACUUCUGUAAAUUGUACUAGCUAUUUAAACUUGCCAGUGACUAUAUUUCUCAGCUACUUCUAUUGGAUAUAUAUACAAGUUUAUCUA